UGAGAAGCCUUCCUCCAGCAAGCACCAGAACAACAGCGACAGUCUCACUUUCGUUUUCUUCAAACAGAGACUAAACCAAUCAAGGAAGGAGGUUCAUGACGACGACUGGGUGAGAAAAUGGCGACUCUGGUAUCUAACCAUAUCCUGGGGCUGCUUUGUAAUAACCAGUGCUGUUUGGAGUUCCAGCAGCUGGACAGUAUAUUGCGGCAGAGUUUCACGGUGGAUGAGCGGCUUCUGCGGCGCGCGCUGCUGGACAGCGCGAGCUUCCGUGUUGUUGAUGAGGACUCGGCCGAGCACGCGCUCAGUCCCGGCGCUUUGAUCAUUGCGACAACGCCGCUGCGAGUGUGUAAAGACCCGGCGAAGUGCGCGCGCUGCGAGGAGCUGCACUUGUGCCGCUAUCUAGUGUGCGGGAAGUGCAGAUUCGGGAAUAAAUGCAAAAACUCCCAUGAUUUGAAAUCUGCACACAAUUCUGUUCUCCUGAAAAACAAGAAUCUUCAAUUCCUUGAAGAAACACAGUUGUUUCAACUUCUGCUCCUGAAUGAUCCUUCUCUUGUUCCAGAGAUUUGUUCCCACUAUAAUAAGGGGAAUGGAGAACACGGAAGCUGUAAGUAUCAGACUUCCUGCACCAACCUGCACGUGUGCCAGCACUUCCUACAGGAUGACUGCAAAUUUGGAGCUGCCUGCAAGCGAGCUCAUAAUUUUGAUGCAACCGCCAUGAAAAUUCUGAAUGGCAGAGGUUUCAGUCAAGAAAAUAUUCGCACCCUUCAGAAAACAUACAAGAAUAAGUUUCUUCUCACCAAUCAAACUGACAAGUCUAUCUCCAAAGGAGCAGAGAAAGACAAACAAGUGAAAAGGCAGCAUUCCAACAGCUCAGUGAGUGAGGCAGACCGCAAUGAAAUCUGCCUCUUCUUCGUGCGCAAGGGAUGCAGUUUCAAAGAGAAAUGUGUCCGUGUUCAUUAUGAUCUACCUUAUAAAUGGGAGAUUCUGGAUAAAGAUGGAGUGACAUGGAAACACUUUCCCAAUGAAGAGGAUGUUGAGAGGGCCUACUGUAAUCCAGCUAAUGACACAAGCUUUGGGCCUCUUCCUGUGGACUUCACUUUAAUGAUGUGUGGAGGGAGAGCAGUUCGUCGUCUAUCCACAGCGUCCUCCGUUACCAAACCUCCUCACUUCAUCCUGACCACUGAGUGGCUUUGGUACUGGAAGAACGAUCAAGGGCAAUGGAUUAAAUAUGGCCAGGGGGAAGAUGAAAAAGGUUUGGCAUCAAUCACCUCAAAAGCUUUAGAGAAUGUGUACCUCUCUGAAAUUGAAACUGAAAUUCCAUUCAGCCUGGGUGGGAAUAAUUAUGUCCUCAACAUAAAAGAUAUGUAUCAACAAAACCUAAGGUACAAAACAAAACGAGCUGUUCGGCGGAGGCCACGAUUUGUUUCUGCUCAAGAUGUUAAGGGAAAAUCAAAAAGUGAUGCUCCAGAAACCACCAGCUCCUCCUCUGUGGAUGUUCCUGGUCACUGGGAUAAAGCAGCUCUGCCUAGCUUCUCCUACUCGAUUGUUCUUCUGUCAAGUUCUGCACCUGAUUAUAAAACAGUAACCUUACUGUUCAAACGGACGAUGUCCUCAAGCACCAUCCACAGCAUCAAGAGAGUGCAAAAUCCUUCGCUCUGGAGAGUUUUUCAGUGGCAAAAAGAACAGAUGAAGGAGAGGAAUGGAGGGGGAGAUAUAGAUGAGCGUUACCUCUUCCAUGGCACAGAUAAGUCUCUAAUAGAGGCCAUCUGUGAGCAGAACUUUGACUGGAGGGUUUGCGGUGUCCAUGGAUCACUUUAUGGCAAAGGAAGUUACUUUGCCAGAGAUGCCAAGUACUCAGAUACAUACGCUAAAUCCAAAGGCGGCACUAAGAUGAUGUUUGUUGCACUUGUCCUUGUUGGAGAAUUUACCAAAGGAUCCAGCAGUUUUCUCCGACCUCCCCAGAAGACACAGAAGGAAGGGUUUUAUGAUAGCUGUGUGGACAAUGCAAGCAACCCAGCUAUAUUUGUCAUCUUUGAGAAGUAUCAGAUCUAUCCUGAGUACAUCAUAGAAUACUCUUAAGAUCUAGAUACGUAUGUGCGUGGACUGUGAUGAAUGUGGUUUUUAAUUCACAACAUCAUAACUACUUUGUUUUUAGAGUUUUACUGCUAUGAACGUUUAUGAACAAAAAGCUUAAUGGUAGCUUAAUACGGCACUUUUUCUUGUCUAGUGAGGUCACUUAUUGCUACAGUGUAAUUAUUUAAACUGGUUAUAAAUCAAAAUGUACUCUUAAAUAUU